CAUGCGCGCUGCUUGGGUGCAGCGGCCCUUCCUCGGUCCGCCGCGUCGCUUCCUCCUCCGCCCGUCGCCUCAGCCGCCAUGAAGUUCGUCUACAAGGAGGAGCACCCCUUCGAGAAGCGCCGCUCCGAGGGCGAGAAGAUCCGCAAGAAGUACCCGGACAGGGUCCCGGUCAUCGUGGAAAAAGCCCCCAAGGCCCGAAUAGGGGACCUGGAUAAGAAGAAGUACCUGGUGCCCUCCGACCUCACAGUGGGCCAGUUUUACUUCCUCAUCCGGAAAAGGAUCCACCUGCGGGCCGAGGACGCCCUUUUCUUCUUCGUCAACAACGUCAUCCCCCCCCCCAGUGCCACCAUGGGGCAGCUCUACCAGGAACAUCAUGAGGAAGAUUUCUUCCUUUAUAUUGCCUACAGCGACGAGAGCGUCUAUGGCAGCAUGUAAGACCCCCGAGUCCACCGGCUGCCACCAAGGGGCACCUGCCCCUGAAGGGACCUGCACUUUCUGUUGUUACUUGUUGUUGAUUUUAUGUUAAAAAGGUUUUUUGUUUUUGUUUUUUUUUUUGCUCCAGGAAAAUGGAGGGUCCUCUUUCUCUCUUUCCCCCCCCCCCCAAACCCCUUUUAAUUUCUGGCUGUGAAUCUUAACUCUCUUCCUCUUUUAAUUCCUCCCUCCCUUCUUUGGCUUCGCUCUGGGUUUUCUUUUGAGGUGGUUGUGGCUAAAAUUAAAUACCUCUCCCUUGCAAUUUCUCCCUCCGUGCUUUCUUUCCUUCCUCCUUCCUUUUUUUUUUUUUCUGUUGAAAAGGUAGACCUGGAAUUUCUCUCCCAAAGCGACAAAAAAAACCCCAACCCUACCCUUUUUGGUUUUUCUGAUUUCCCCCCCCCUUUGCCACGCGCCCUGAGUUUGCUUUCAUCAGGGAGAUGCGUCGUCCGGCAGACUCCUUGUAACCAGAGUUUCGGGGAUGGGAUGGGAAAUGAAUGCUAAUUAAAAAAAAAAAAGAUAUAUAAGGAAA